AUGUUUGCCAAAAUUUUCUUUGCUACUAUUCUUCUUGUUGCCAUGUUCGCAUUAAUGACUGAAGCUCAUGGCUAUGGAGGUCGAGGAGGUUACGGUGGCUACGGCGGAGGUCGAGGCUUCGGUGGUCGAGGCUAUGGAGGCCGUGGUUUCUAUGGCGGUGGAUUCGGAUACGGUGGAUACGGAUUCGGUGGCAUCGGCGUUGUCGGUGUUGCAGUUCCUGUUGCUGUUCCUGUCGUAUCUCCACUCAUUCUCGGUUAA